AUGCCAACAGCAACCACCCCACCCCCUUCCAACACGCUUCCUCCGCCGCAACUAUUCGACAUCCUCCCACCCCUUCACUCCCUACUCUCUCGCCUCCUCCUUCCGCCGUCCGCCGACGGUCUCACACCUUCACCAGACACAAUCACCCCCGUCUCACCCAAAGACCUAGCAACAGCCGCUUCGUCCAUUACGAACAAGAUACAGAAAGCGCGGGUUGCAGUACGAGAACUCCCGGGUGUAGGAAUGGGCAUCGAAGAGCAGGAAGACGUGAUUGCGGAACUGGAAGAAGAGAGCAGACGGUUGAGGGGCGUGGAGGAGGGCAUCAGGAAGGCUGCGAGAAACAGAUUGGAGGGAGCGGCGAGCGAAGUCGAAGCGGGGAUUGCUGACGAUGAGGCCAUGGAGACGUGA